GAGUCUCUCAGAUUUGGGCUGCCUGGGCUAGCUUUGAACCCUGACUUCCAGAUCUCAGCCUCCUGAGUAGCUAGGAUAAUAGGUGUGAGCCAUCAGCACCCAGCAAAAAGGACAUUUUCAUUCUGCCUGUAUUCUUUCCACCUCAGCCAGCACAAGGCCAUCCUUUGAGUUCUACUGAUGGUGGUUGCCAAGUAUUUACAUUAGUCAGGAAUAAUGAACACUAGUCACCUGCUAUUGUUUGACAAAGCCAGUGAGGAAUGAGAACAUCUGUGGAACUAACCCUGGGGUUUGGUUUUCAGUUAAACAUGAGGGAGAAGGAGAGGCUGAGCAAGACCUUCCAAGGCCCAGCCACUGUCUGCCGAACUCCAGGCAGCCACGUGUACACCUUCCACAAUGGCAGUGGGGAUUCCGAGGACUCCUCUGAAGAAGAAUCACAGCGAGUGGUUUUACGGCCUCGCGGCAAAGAGCGCCAGAAGAGCCGAGGCCACCACCCUCCUCAGCCUGGAGGGGGCGCCGUGGUGCUGCUGCAGCAUGAGCUGGUCCAGGAGGACAGCCUCAACAAGCUGGCUCUCCAAUAUGGCUGCAAAGUAGCAGAUAUCAAGAAAGCCAACAACUUCAUCAGAGAACAAGACUUAUAUGCUUUGAGAUCUAUCAAGAUUCCAGUGCAGAGCCAUGGGAUCCUAACAGAGACCCACAAAGAACUAAAACCUCUCCCAGCCCUGUCCUCGGUCACCAGAGUGACCAUGGAACUACCGGACGCAGAGGGAGCAGCUGCCCGUGGGGAUGCGGACUCGCACGCGCACUCCAGUCACCUGACAGAGUUCUUCAAGGGGAUCGACCAGAAUAUCGAGCGCGCAGUGCAGUCAGAGGUCUUCCUAAGUGAGAGCUACUGUAUGGAGAACCCCGAACGGCCGCUGCUCCCGGCUUCCCCCAAGACCCCUGCAGACGGGGCUGACUGGGGGAUCCAGUGGUGGAAUGCUGUUUUCCUCAUGCUUCUUAUCGGGAUUGUUUUGCCAGUGUUUUAUCUGGUCUAUUUUAAGAUCCAAGCUACCAGGGAGGCCCCUGCUAGCUUGAACACAACCGCUAACCCCAAUGGCUCAAUGGUCUUGAACACAAUUGUAGAACCGGCCCCUGGGUUAGCGAUCCCUGUGUCUACCUCCUCUUCAGCCAGCCAGCUCAGCCAGACCUCCCAGACAGGGAACUAAGCUCAUGGGUUUCGGGAGUCAGCUCAGCUUUCGCAGGUGGCUUGUGAUCUGUGUCAGUUAGGCCACGUGCUGGGGACAAGGCUGUGUUUUGUUUCCUGGUGCUCUGGAUGGCAACUGAGAAAGGGCCUCUCCUGAUCUCUGCGACCCAAAGGAGAGACGCUGACAGGGCACUGGCUGGCAGUGCUCCGAGGGAGAGGACGGGCCUUCUAGGCACCUGCCUUGUGGACAAGCGAGUUUAGCUGGGGUCACAUAGCUGUCGUGAUGUUCCCCACCUGCUAUGGAGGGACGGCACAGGUGCUAUGGCGAAGUACUGACACGUCACACAGAACUGUCACAAGCCCUACCUCCUCUCAGUGAGCCUCGAAGAGGGGAACGCCACUUCUAGGAUUGGAAAAGUUCCCCCAACCCAAACCCACAUCAGAUUGGGUAAGCACUGGUUCUAGCCCUUGUACUUUCAGAGGUGGUAAUCCAUGCACACAGGAGCCAUUGUCUCAAUUCACAAGACACCCCCCAACCCCACCCCCCAUCCCUAUGGCCAGCUGCAUUAUCUCAGGUUGCAUCUCAGGAGGCGCUCUUGCUGCCUUAGUGCCAGUCACCAAGGUUCCAACCUGUUCCAACCCAAGGUGGAGCAGCUGCCUGGCUGGCAUCAGGGAAGAGUCGUCUGUGUCGGCAAAGCUGAGUUCUCUUCCUGCUGCUUCCCUGGCUCUAUUUUCAGGAAUCAGAAAGUGGUCCAGCCCUUUCCUCCAGAAGCCUUGCCCCUAGAGCAACCCUUUGUAAGCAAUGUAGCUAUUAAAAGACCAGACAUUUAAAGAAAGGGCUAAACACAUGUGGUGCUCAGCUCUCUGUUACUGUAACAAAAUACUUGAUAUAAACAACUUGCAAGGCAGAAAGACUUUAGUCUGAUUUCACAGGCUGCAAACCAUGGUUGGUUGGUUUGCUUUGAGGCUGUGUCGGGGGGCACAUGGCAGGGAGUAUGUGGUAGAGCAAGCUGUUCACCUGUCAGCUAAGACAAUACCCCCCUUCUGAGACAUGCCCGGUGACCUUUCUCCCACACCCCUUCAAGGUCCCCUCACUUCUUAGUGGCAUCAGCCAAGCUGAGGACCAAGCCUUUAACACAUGAGAACUGUUGGGAGACAUUUAAGAUACCACAGCAGAAUGGCUGUGGCUGUCAAAGGCACUAAAAGGCACUAAAACCUGAGGUUUGCUUAUUCCUCUUCCCUGAGAGGCAGCGACCAUCCUAGGCCCUGCAGGAGUGGGUUUGGGCUGCUUUGGCCUCCCAGGUCACUUCAGGAAAGGGCCUGAGAGACCCAUGGACAGGGAAAAUACGGCACGGAUGCGAUCCUGGGGCACAAUUGUGGCAUUUGACACCUCAGGUCUAGAGAUAAGUUGAACCAGUCUCCCCAAGUAAGGGGAGGUGGCCACUAGCCUUUGAGCUAGGUUCCAGCUGCCGUCUCCUCUCUGUGUGGAAAGACAACUUGCCUAGGCUUCAGCGAGCAUCUUCAAAACGAAAUGUUUUCUUAGAGAACAAAAUGAUCUUCAGAGUAAAAUGAGCUUGUGACCUUUGGCGCAGGGACCGUUUUAGCCACAUACAUGCCCAGACAACUCAGUGUUUGUGCCCGCUGGCACCGAGUGCCAUACGCCUCUAUGGACAUUUGUCACCAGGCAGGCGGAGGGGGGAGGGGAUCACUUUUGCCAAGCAAAGAAUAGAUGUCUCUAUCCGUUACUUUCCUCAACUGGAAUAAAGUAAUUUCCUCUGUGAAGGAAAGAAAGUGGUUCCCUCUAUUUAGCAUCAAAUCAUUGUAUGGGUUUCAUUUGGUCAUGGUACGUAUAUGCAUCCAAUGUGCAUUGACAAGAUUCUUUCCCGUCAUUCUCUCAUCCUCCCUGCCUACUUCCCAAAUCCCAGUAUGCCCGGUUUCCGAGGAUCAUUUUGUAUAUCUAUCUUGGAAAUAUAGUACUGUUUUGGGUACCAUUCAUAUACAUAAUUAAAUAUAAAAUUAGAAUACAA